AUGAGUUAUCAAGUACUCCUGAAUGUGCGCGGGGAAAGAUAUCUAACUACCACGAAAACGCUUAGAAAUUGUCCGGAUACGAAUGACAAAAGUCUUUUCCUGAAGCUUUCUAUUCCGCGCACGGGAGAGCUCUAUCUCGAUAGAGAUCCAGAACUUUUUCAAUGUAUUUUCCUUUAUUUGCUGGAUGGAAAACUUGUGUUGCGAUACUACGACGACCUCUUAAUCGAAAUGCUUCAAGAAGAAGCAGAGUAUUUUGGUUUGCCUAGUUUGGCGCACAAAUUGAGCAAAUUGAAGCCAUUCCAAGGGGUUUCUAGGCUGUACAAGAAUGUGGUGGCACCGGUUUUAUCUUUUGGAAUUUAA